ACACAUGUGAAUCUUAGAAGUUUCAAAAUGGCGAAAUUUAUUGCUCAAAUCAUCAUUCUGGGCGGUCAAGUUAUUGGACGUGCCUUUGCUCAAGCUUUAAAGCAAGAAUUUCAAAGUGGUGCAGCAACACGAAGGGCAGCUGCUGGGGCAAAUGAAGGAGCAAAAAGAGCAGCCACAAAUAGUAUGAUGGGAAUGACUAUACAGGAAGCUAAACAAAUACUAAAUAUUCAAGACAUUGACAAAGAAGCAAUACAAAAAAAUUAUGACCAUUUGUUCAAAAUCAAUGACAAAAAAGCAGGAGGCUCAUUUUAUUUACAGUCAAAGGUUGUUAGAGCAAAAGAAAGACUAGAUGAAGAACUUUCUCAUGUCGAAAAUAGCGAAACCAAAAACAGUUCGAGCACAAACAAUGGCAGUGAUACAUAGUAUUUAUAUACGCAAUUUAUAAUAAUUUGUACAUGACAGCAUUUACCUAUAUAUUUCUUUUUCACCUUAUGUAAAAUACAGCAAAAUAAAAUGUCUGAUUUACGCUAAUUCAAUAUCAUGCAUUAUACAAGUGAUGAAAGGUAAGAGUUGUUUUUAUGUUAUCCAAUUAUAGUCUCUAGUACCGUUUUGUUCGAAUAACACUUGAAUAGAAAUCAAAGGAGUCAUCAACUCAAAGGAAGAAUGGAUGCUAGUGCUAUGGCACAAAAUAUGGACAGUAUACAUCUAAUUGAAAAAAACGUCGGUUCGUAGGUGAUAUCAUCGAAGGAUAUUUUAGGUACUCGAAAAUUCAAAUCACAUUUAGCUAAGCGUAUUACAAAUUGUAGCAUUACUCGUAGAGAAGGUCGUUGUAUUCAGCGUAAGCAAUCUUUUGGCAAUGAAACAGUGUUAUACACAUAAAGUAUGCUUUCCCAUGUUCCCUUCCGGUCCUAGCUUUGAUGAUAUACCGUAUUGGAACCUGCUUUCAAUUAGGUGUAUUUACGUUUUUAAUUUAUGCAUUAUUUUAAUUUAUCUUGAAGAAUAAAUUCUCGUGAAGGUAUA